AGUCACGCCAAUAAAGUGCGUAAAAUGCGAACCCAUUGGGAGAGUGAGGCGUCUAAACAGCAAUACGAGGCGGCCGUACGUCUGGCCAAUGGUUUCAUGAAUUUGACCAUAAGUAAUAUACCACCAAAAAUACUACAAGUCAUCAACUUUAUAGGCAUCAGCGGUAGUGAGAGUAUCGGAUGGUAUAAUAUUGAUACGGCAGCAUAUAAACUACCAGGCAUGUUUAGCGAACUGGCCCGACUGGUUCGCGUAUUUUAUUGGAGCUACAUUGAGCCGCACCUAUGUCUAGGGCCCCUAAACGUGGAUCAUUGUCAAAAAUUACUCGACAUACAGCUAGAAAAGUAUCCUAAAAAUUUAAUGCUAAACAUAUACAACACAAAAUUGUUGCAAUUAAACGGCCGAAUCGGACCGGCGAUCGACGCCUACCAAAACUUGCUCACCGAUCAACACCUGACACCCAAAAGGGUGAUGUACUUCGAGCUGAUGUGGUGUUACGCACUCGUAGGCGAUAUAGACCGCGCCAUAGAGUACGCCGAGCUGUUCCGCACGGGUAGUAUGUAUUCGCCAGCGAUGGCCACUUUUAUUGAAGCCGUGUUUCGGUACGUAAAGAUUGUGCCGACAGUACGUAUCAGACAUGUGGGCAAAACAAUAACACCGGAAAAGUUGGCUGUCGUCCGAUCGGAGAAAUACUUGAAAUGCAAUCAUAUGUUGAUUUUGCCGGAUGUGGAAGUGUUAUACGAGUUAAAUUUGUUGCGAUUUAUUAGAGGCGAUAAACUACUGUUAUCCAAAUUUAUGGAUCGGAUUAAUAAGGAAUUGACGAAAUAUAAGAGUGAUCUCACUGGAAGUGAUUAUUUGGACAACUAUUUGAUGGCUAAAUAUCUAGAGGGUGUGGUCUCUAAAUUAUUGUUUGACUACACAAAAGCCAAACAGUGUAUGGAUGUUGUUAUCGCAAACGAUGGACGGAUUGGACGAGAGUUUUCACUGCCGGCUCAGGCGGCGCUUGAAAUGGGUUUAAUUGAAUACGAGAUGAAAAACCACGAAAAGGCCAUCGAAUUGCUAAACAAAUGCAUUAACGAAUACACGGGUUAUCUGAACGAGAACUAUGUCCACCUCCGGGCGUUUGCCGCUCUCAGAGAGCUCGGCGUCGGUGUAGAGAAACACUCGGAGGACGACAACAAAUUGGAAGAAUAUAAGAAUCAAUGGCUUAAUGGUAUGAAUAUUAAGAAGAAAACAUACGACCAAUUGAUGGAAACCGAAGAAAAGGAAAUUAUAGUCAAUAAUUGA